UCAAAUGCUGAGUAUCUUGGCACGCGUAGACAAAUGUUAUCCGUAAAACGGUACAGAAUGAUUUCGGACGAUUUUUAAUGCUUCUAAGCAAAACGUGUAGAAAUUAAAAAGUUGCAUGUAUAAAUGAAAUAAGAGCGUGUAAAGCGUUUAAUCAAAAUAGCAAAAUAAAAGUCUCAUGAAGAGCAAUGCACAAUUAUUUUUUUUUAUCAAAACAGUGAAACUAUAUGUUUCGUUUAAAUAAAAAGUCCUUGUAGUGCAUCAGAUUUUGUUACUACUUCUUAACAGCUUUUAUUAGAGGUGUGUGAAAUUUUCCAAAGGAUUUAGCCAAUAGUGAAUCAUUUAGUCGAAGUGUCUGGGAAAUGAUAUACAUAAGUAUUGUUUUAAUAUGAAUCUACGGAGAUUUUUACGUUUAUUUUGUGGAUACGGUGCAAAGAAAUGCUGAACAACAAUUGAACAUGGUCAGUUCGAAUGGAAAUAGAUACACGUUAGAAGAAAUGACAUUGGUUGUGUAAUGUCCAACUUUCAACACAAGAGGGCCUGGACUCAUUAAAUAUUAACGAGAUUAAACAGAAUGCGUUGGUGUUCAUUUAUUGGGCUAACUAGGAUUACAAAUAAACUAAUACGAACAAUGGUGGUGAUUAUUCUCAGCUUGUCAAACUUGGAGAGCGGACUUUCCUCUCGUGUAGCCAAAGAACACUUUGAAGAUCUGAGGGACAUUAUUUUAAAAAACAGAGAACUUUUUUUAAGUUCGGAAAAUGAGCGUUUGAAGGCACCCAUAUCAAGUAAAAUGCAGAAGGCUACAUCUGUUCUAAACCGACUAGAAAAGCGUCAGCCUAUUAACUUUGAACAAACGGAAAGUGUACAAGCAAUAAGAGAUGUUUCUGACACCAAAUACAAUCAACCCGUUUAUUCGAAUUCGAGUACUUUUCAGAAAAAUACUUUAUGGAGGCCAAAUGAGAAAGAUAAUAAACAUCAAAUGCUCAAUGAGGCUGGUGAAAAUCAUAUUCCCAUUAACUUAAGUCUCGAGAAAAAUAAUUCCGCAUCAACUCCAUCGAGCGUGGCCACACACUUUGGUACUGAGAAUUCGACGGUUAUAACAACUCAAAUUGGAGCCACAGCUCUAAUUCCAUGUAUAGUGCACCAAAUUGGAGAAGGAGUUAUAUCAUGGAUAAGAAAGAAAGAUUACCACCUAUUGACUGUUGGCUUAACUACAUAUAGUAGCGACGAAAGAUUUAGUGCGAAUCAUCUUAAGCAUUCAGAGGACUGGACGUUGCAAAUUAAAUACGUGCAACAAAGAGACGCUGGGAUAUAUGAAUGUCAAAUAUCUACUCAUCCACCCACAUCAAUAUUUCUGCAUUUAGACGUUGUAGAAGCGCGAGCUGAAAUUACCGGCCCAUCAAUUCGAUAUUUAACUCCAGGCUCCACGUUACGGUUACAUUGCCUAAUAGUGCAGAAUACUGAGACUUCCGAAUAUAUAUUCUGGUAUCAUGAUAAUAGAAUGAUUAACUACGAUUCAGACAGAGGGGUAAACGUUUCCACUGAUCCAGGUGACAAUCCAGCAGCAAUGUAUCACGGGCACGUUGGGUCUUCCACAAAAUCAUAUCAUGCGCAUUUAGUCCAUAUUGCUGUAGCGGUGAGUUAUCGCGUCUAUGCCAGAAGAAAGUUUAUGAUAUAAUCCGGAAUGGGUAGCUGUAACUUAUUUAAUAAAAUUUAAUUUAUUUAAAAUGAUUUCAAUUUUAAAGGAUAACGCACUCAAAGGUUUUGUUGUGUAAAUUUGAAAAAAAAUAGUCGUACUUAUCUAAAAAGUUUCUCGGAAACUAAUUUAGAUGUCAUCGAAUAUUGGCUACAUUUUAAACUCAUGUCGCUCGGAAUGGUAUUUGAAGUUAUAAAACAAUUUUAAUUAAAUAAAGUAAAAAUAUUUUUAUUUUCAAAA